AUGGCCGCGAAACAAAAUUCUAUUGCAAAUGAAGGUCCAACAACAUCCAGUGAUAUUCCUUUGACAUCUUUAGAACAAAGUCUAUUAAGUCUUGAAAAGCUCGAUCGUGCCUCACCAGAACUAUGGCCCGAGCAAAUUCCAGGGGUUUCGGAGUUUGCAGCUAUGCAAAACCCCAACCAAUCUCCACCUUCGUGGAAUAAAGGUCUUACCAAAGAGGAUUACACAUAUAUACAACAGUUAGGCUCGUUAACAAUAAGCAGCCUUAUUACAGAAGUCAAAAAGCUACAUGAUUUAGCAUACCAGUUAGGCUUGGAAGAAGCUAAAGAGAUGACACGAGGAAAAUACUUGAAUAUAUUUUCCAAUAGGCGACAACGA